CUUGAGGUUGAGGAAGAAACAUAGGAGCAAAAUUUAAGAUAUUCUUUAGAUACUCCUGCUUCAAGGUAUUUUUCCUAACAUUAUAGAGAUUCCAGCAGGAGGGAAGCUGUCACUCUCCAAUCAUGGGCAAUCUUUUUGCGAGCCUCUUCAAAGCCUUUGGCAAAAAGGAGAUGAGGAUUCUGAUGGUGGGGCUUGAUGCUGCUGGAAAGACGACAAUCCUGUACAAACUUAAACUCGGAGAAAUCGUUACCACCAUUCCAACCAUCGGUUUUAAUGUUGAAACGGUUGAGUACAAGAACAUCAGUUUCACAGUGUGGGAUGUUGGCGGUCAAGACAAAAUUCGACCGUUGUGGCGUCACUACUUUCAGAAUACACAAGGUCUGAUCUUUGUGGUGGACAGUAACGACCGGGAGAGAGUGAGUGAAGCUCGGGAGGAGCUGAUGAGGAUGUUGGCAGAGGAUGAGCUUAGAGAUGCCGUCUUAUUAGUCUUCGCCAACAAACAGGACUUACCAAACGCCAUGAACGCUGCAGAAAUCACAGACAAACUGGGACUGCACUCUCUGCGUCACAGAACCUGGUACAUCCAGGCCACCUGUGCCACCAGUGGGGACGGCCUGUACGAAGGACUGGAAUGGUUGUCAAACCAACUCAAGCACCAGAAAUAACCCCCUCAUUUUCCCUGUCUCUCUUUUUUUUUUUUUUCCUUUUUUUCUUUUUCCCUCCAGUUAGUCAACCUCCUCAACACUUGCUCCUCUGUUGCAAACUGAGUUCCUUUUGUGGUUUUGUAAGACGACAACAACAGUAAUAAACAAUGUGGAGGCUUCUUCUAAACCGCAUAACAGUAAAUAAUAAACUGGUCACAUCCUUUUAUGUGAGGAUGGAGGCCAAACAUUCUCUUAAGUCUCGAAAGCUGUCAACCCUGUUAUUUAAUGUAAAUAAUCAAGUUUUUGAGGCAGCUGAUUGAGCACUCUGAUGCAACGUGUACCUUUCUUGCCUUUCUUCCUCUGUCCUGUCCUGAAUCUAACCAUGCUGAACCAGCGUAUAGAUCAAGCAAAAAAAAGGGGGGAGGGGUUAAUAAUGAUACAUUAAGGCCUGUUCAGAUUUUUUUUUUUUUAAUUUCAGAUUGCCUUUUAAAAACUUUUGCGCUUAAGAUAUGAAUUACAUGUACUGUAAAGGGAGGGAGUCCUUUUUUCCAUUUGUCUGAGGUUUGAGAGAGAGCAGAGGAAGCCAACUAGUACAAACACUACCUGCUACAACUGUGCAUCCAUUUUAGAGGGAGAGUUUGUAAAACCCAGUGGUUCACCUGUCUGUCAGCCGCUGGCGCUUGUGUCCUGUCUGUGCUGCUUUGACAGUGAUCUGACAUCACGUGGUUCAUUCAAACUUCCAAAUCCGUUCUCUCGUAUGUUGACUCUCUGAGUGAAGAGCAGGCUUCAGUGUACGGGAAGCUCCUGUCUCAACUCUUAGCCAUACUCUGUGGCCAAGCAUUUGGUUCUGUAGCCUUCAGCCUUUCUCGCCUUUAGCCUCUUACCUGGAUGUUGGAGAUCGUCACUGCCUCAGGUUAAUCAUGGUUUGCCUUUGUAAGAAACAGAAAGAAAGAAAAACUGAUAUAGCAAAAUGCACAAGUAUCCAAGGGUUGUGUGGUUUUUGUUUUGUCUGGAUGUGGGGGGUUUGUUUACAUUUUUAGUUUUCCGGAUCAUCUGAUCACUCACUCUGUGCCAAGGGGUUUCGGACAUGUGUGCUAACAGCCACCACUAUAAACCUACGCCACUGAGAUGUCGUCUGGGCACCUCAUUCUCCAUCUCAAGCAGAAUCUUGUAUACAGUUAGGAAGGAUGUCAGGGAGAUGCCUUAGUUUAGGCCUGUUGCCUUCAUAUCUAUGAAACCACAUCUUAGGUCUGUUAAUAGCAAUACUAAGCCAAUCUGAUCUCAAGAAUGCCUUUAUAGUGGUAGUAGUGCUUGAUUUUUCUGGAGUCGCUUUCAUGGGGUUUACUAAUGUUAUUCCACAGACAAGCAUAUCGUCCCCCAGUUUUACUGGUCAGUUUGUACAUUUGACAAAACUUGAAGCCACAUUUAUUUUUGGGGGGGUUUUUUUUGUUUGUUUUUUCCCGUUGUUCACAAGAAUGCGUUAGUUUGAUUGACACUGUUAAAACUGCAUCAAGGGUGAGAACUGUAUGACUGUAUGUGAAUCUUUUAUUUUUCCUUUAGUGUUACUUAACAUGAAUGUUUUAUAUGUAAACUUUGCUCUCAUUUUGACAAAAAAAAUUUAAUUAAAGACAUUA